GAUGUAUUUGUAAUUGUACAAUGGAAUUAUUUUCGGGACCUCACUGAAUCCUCUCAUUGAAGGAGGAGACAACAAUUAGGGUUUAAGCAGAUCGAUAGAUAAAUCGCUGUGUUUGGUAUUUUUGCCCCACCAAAUGGUUGGAUUUGAUGGAGCUACAACACUCGCUGUGGGGACAUCUGCCACUGCUUCUGCAGUCAAGCUCCUGGGAGUCGGUGGAGUACAUUCUGCAGGCGUUGUGGCGGACCCGGCGGACUGGCCUCGACGAUACUGACCGCAAAAUCAUACGCGAAAUGCUUGGCCUCUCCUCAGAUUCCGAUCUCGAUCCCCUUGUUCUAUGCCUUCGGAUCCUGAUGCGCAAGUGUGUCUAUGAAAAUAUUUGUAAGGAUGAGAUUCACAAAUUGUUUCCUAAAGAGGUGCUUCCAGAGUUGCAAAGGUGCCUUACCUUGCUUUUGCAAAAGUUUCAGCAAGAGUGGAGAGAAGAUGCCCACAAGGAUAUGGUUUCUUUGCCCCGUCUAAAGGCAAUGACAUGGAAUAUGGCAAACCAGAGUGUGGAUGCUACAGAUCCUUUUGCAAUUAUAAAUUUGAAGCUUCAAGAUGAUACUCGGUCUUUAUCAGGAGAAGCUGAAGUAAAAUUUCAACUAUCGAAGGACACAUUGGGAACAAUGCUCAACUCCCUUUACUUGAUAAGGGAUCAGCUGUCAAAUCCUGAUGAUACUUCAAAUGAACAGGAACAACCAGAUCAAGCUGGGACAGCAUAGAACAUUAUACAUAUUAGGAGGCUAACGGCCUUGUUGGCUAAUUUACUGUAAAUACAAUUUUGUUGACUAGUCUGAAUCUUCAUGCUUAGUAUCAUAUGAAUUAUGUUAGCUAUCUUUAUUUAAAGGUAAUGUUGUUGGUGGCUGAGUUGCUCGGCAGCUUUUCUAAA